AUGAUAAUCAGUAUACUUUAUUCUACACAAUUCUAUACUUUUCUUGCUUUACAUCAAUAUGAUCGACCAUUGCUAACAAAUAUCGAUUUAAUCGAUGCUAUCAAAACCGGUGAACGUAAAUCGAUUACACUUAAUCAUAGUAUUGUAUUAGAAUAUAGUAUUAAUAAUGAUAGUUUUUCGGAUAUUAUUAAAGAUAUACGAAAAAAUUCUGAUGAAAAUGUUCCCGUAUUAGAAUAUGGAUUCGAUAAAAUGGAAAAUGAUUCAAGUUAUGUAUUGAUUGAAUCAAAAACAGCAUUUCAAUAUUUGAUUAAAAAUUAUGCACAAAAAGCAAUGCUUAUGAGCCAAGAUAAUAUGGCCAAUGAUUAUUUUGGUAUUGGUUUCAGUAAACGUUCACCAAUAUUUUUAUCAUUUAAUCGUUUGUAUGUAUCUGUUAGAAUUAGAAUAUUAAUUCGAAAUGGUUUCAUUCAAUAUUGGAUAAACAAAGUAAUACAAUCAACAAAUACUGCCAAUCAUGAUGCAUAUUCAUUAUCGAUGAUUGGAAUACCUAAAACAACAAUCGAUACCGAUGGUCUUGAUAUGAAUAGUAUUAAAUCAAUAUUUAUUGUAUGGUCAAUAGGAUUAAUUGUUUCAUCGUUGAUAAUAUUGAUUGAAAUUAUACAAAAAUUCAUUUACAUA